GAGGGGUUUUGGAAAGAGGAAUUGUGGCCACGGCUCAGUAUUAUCAUCUAAAAUUCAUGCAUAUCUCAGUAGAAGUGUAGUUUGCGUGGUAUGCAGAUGAAACGGCAAUUACGCUGUUUAAGAACAGAAUACAGAAUCCACCGGAUUUUUGUUGUAAAGUUAAUCAUUCGUGUAAUUGGGUUGCUGGCCUAGCGCACUGCAACAUGUAAUAUGCAUGUGUGGAGUGGCUGGGAACAGGAAUGGUGCUCCAGUUUCGUUUAGGGUUAGCCCUGAGUUGAAAACUUUCCCAGGGUUACGUUAGUGGUUAGCUCAUAGUGGCAUUUAAGGGACGCUUCGGCUCUUUUGAGAGUUUCUUUUUACCUAUCCCAUGUGUCCAUAUCCAUGUCCAUGCCGGAAUUCGGAAGGGCGUCGUGCACGCCCUGCGACCAACAUUUUGGGCCUGAAGGGUACGCCCGUCAAGUUUGAGUUUGAUAUCUUCAUAGAGGAUAUCAAGCCAUGGAGUGAUGGGGCAACUAUUCCCCUUUUGCUGGCUUGGCAAAGGGGCAGCAAUCGCUCUGGCACCACAAAGACUGUGGUUCCGUCAGUUGGGAGGAUAGCUUUCAACGAGAGCUUCAGACUUCCUGCCACAUUGUUCGAAAGAAGCUCGGGGCAGAUACAGAAGAAGUGCGUGACUUUCGCGUUAAUUGAGGACGAGAAUGCAAAAGCGAUAAAAAUUUCCAGACAACUCGCCACUGGAGAGAUCGACCUAUCACAGUUUGUGUAUUUGACUGAACCGCGAUGUGUCAGUAUUCCAAUGACCAUUGCAUUAAGUGGAAGUAAUUCGGGAAGUGACCCCUAUUUAUCCUUGAGGAUUUCUUCUAGUGGAAGACUUCCUUCACCUUCAAUAUUCUCUGGAAGACUUUCAUCUGGAGGUAGAGCAGAUAGCAUGAGCCAGAGAACGAGCUAUAUUUUGCCGGAAACUGACGACUCAGACGGCAAUGAAAGUGAUGAGAUCGACUCGUUCACUGAUGACGAAGAUUCUCCUAGGUCCUCUUAUGAUAACACAAUGAGCACGAAAAAAAUACCAGCAAGCAAACGAGAUCAGUUGUUUUCUGCCACAGCCUCUGCUUCUUCAGAUGCAUCCAAAUUUAUGUCCUCAAACCCCGUCAUUGCCCGAGUAAGGACUGCUUCUCCUGCACCGUCAGACGACAACGGUCAAAGUUCUGGCAGUUCUUUUGAUGCGAAGGCUGAUGCAGAAACAUCAAAAAGUAGUUUAGAACCACCAAAAUUGUCUGAGGAGGAGAAGCGGAAGAAGUUGCUAGGUCUUAAUUUAACGGCACCCCCAGGAAGAGCUUUGGCAAAAGCUGCAAAUUCUCUUGAAGCAGCACCGGUCUCAGCUGGGAAGAGCAUAGAAAGGAGUGUUGAAGCAGUGAGACAAUUUCCUGUGGGGAGAAAUCUUGAUAGGGUAGCGACCUCGGCUGGGAGUACCGUAGAAGCAGCAAGAAAAUCUGCUGAAAAGAGCGUUGAAGCAGUUAAAGCGACUUCGGCAGGGACCAAUCUUGAAGCAGUGGUUGCAUCGGCUGGAUUGAGUAAGACCGCUGACAUCGCAGCAUCAGCUACCAAGAUGGUUGAGGAGGCAGCUACUUCUUUAGAAAAAUCCGUUUCUUCUGCAUCAGCAAAAGUUUCUGCUGGGAUAGGCAAGUCACCAGCGGUGCAAGCCGCUGCUGCGUAUGCCACAAUGAAGGUAUCUCAGAUCAAGGAAAGUCGACUGUCUCAGGGCUCUACUCCAGAAGGGUCUACGCCCGGAACCUUUUCACCCAUUGAUACUGGAGGCAAGCUCGAGCUGUAUUCGCGGUCAAUCGAUUCUGCCACGGCUUCGAGCUCUUCCAGUCAGGUUCAACCGGAAAAGAAAUGGUCUUAUGCAGGUUACCAAAGUGAUGGCAGUAAAAGUGUGCUCUCAGAAGCAAGGGCAAAGAUAGCCUUGGUUGAGAAACGAGCCAUAGAAGAAUUAAGGUCUAAAGUGGCAGCAGCAGAAGCGAAGGCAGUUGCUAACGAGGAGAAGGGAAAAGAAAUAGCUCGAGAUUUGAAACAACAACUGCUGAAGCGCGAAGACGAGUUGAGAGAUACGGCUGCUAUUGAGGUUGCUUUAUAUUCGAUAGUGGCUGAGCAUACAAGUUCUUCUCACAAAGUGCACACUCCCGCUCGCCGCCUGGCAAGACUCUACGUAUACGCCUACAAAAACUGUAACUCGGAUAGACAUGCCAGCGCAGCCAGAAACGCUGUUCAGGGCCUGGUCGUAGUUGUCCGGGCAUGUGGCAAUGAUGUCCCAAGGUUGACAUACUGGUGGUCGAAUAUAGUUGUUCUCAGAGAGUCAAUCAUGCAGGCUUGCAAUGCGGAGCCUACUACAGAUCCAGAUGUUGCCACACCUAGUGGCAUCGACAGUAGCUAUGCUGAUCGUGCCAAACAGUACCAGCAGCAGCAUACAAGAACUACCAGAACUGGAAGCACGUAUGAAAUUUUAGGGUUUAAGCAUUUCAAUAACAAAUGGCAGGAUUGUAACACUUUCGUCGUUGCUCUGUUGAAAGUUGAGACGUGGAUACAUGGAAGAAUACUCGAGUGUGUAUGGUGGCAGGCUAUGGCUCCACCUAUGCAAGUUGGUGGCAGUGAUCGGAAGGCACGAGCAGGCGCCCUAGGUGAGACCUUCAUCAACGUGCGAGAUGAGUUGAACAGAAUCGCAGGGAAGGUAAAAGAUGGCCUCGGUGAACUCAACAAAUUUGCUGGAGAUGUAAAGGAGUUCUUCACAAAGGAACGACAAGAUGGAAAAAUUUCGCAGCUUGGAGAUGCCCGCCAAGGAAUCAUCUCCAUCGAGAUCUGGAAGAAUGCCUUCGCAGACGCAUUGAAAAGACUAUGUCCCCUUCAAGGCCACGAGGGAGAAUGCGGGUGCUUGCCUGUUUUGAGCAGACAGGUGAUUUCAGAAUGCGUGGAUAGGCUGGAUGUAGCUCUGUUCAACGGUAUCAUGCGGAACCCAGGGGAAGAUUCUCCUACCGAUCCUCUAGCAGACCCUGUUACAGACCUUUCAGUCCUUCCAAUUCCUGUAGGGGCCCUGACUUUUGGAGCAGGUUCUCAGCUGAAGAAUGCGGUUGUUACAUGGUCGACUUGGCUAUCUACGUUACUUAGCGUCAAAGCCCCUACAGAAUCUAAUAUUAAGGAUAAUUCGUCGGAACAUUCUGAACAUGAACAAGAUGACAAUGUGCUGUUGCGUAAGAGGUAUAGCAUUGUCAAAACUGCGAGUGACCUGCUGAUGGUUCCCAAAGAUAUGAUCGAGAUGGCCAUGAGGAGAGAGGCAGCCAGAAAAGAAGCUGAGAAACGCAGUCCUUAUUUUGUUCUACUUAGAUCAGCGGGCGACCUCCUAAUGCUGCCGAAAGAUAUGCUAACGGAUAAGUCAGUGAGGAAAGAGGUUUGCCCACAAUUGCAACUACCUUUGAUCCGCCGCAUAUUGUACGACUUUGUUCCCGACGAAUUUGCCCCAGAACCUGUAUCGCCGUCCCUUGUGGCGGCCAUUAAUGCUGAGGUGUCCCUAGAGAGGCAGAUGCAAGGCGAAGCAGAAAUGAAUAUUGAGGAUAUCAGCAUAGCCCCGGUGCCGAUUGUUUUUUACGUUCCUCCAUCGUCAGAAUUUGUUAGGUUGUGGAUUGGCGAACCUCCAGGAACAGAAGAAUUGGGCAAAGCACCAUCUUCUCUUCUUCGGAAGGGCUACGGAAGCGACGAUGAACUCAAUCACUUUCAAACCCCUUUCGCAUGGCUUAAAGAGAGUCCCAACACACGCAAUUCUCCUUCUCUUGAUAAAAUGGAUAUUGCAGAGAUGCACUCACAAGAUGCUUCCCUAGUGUUCACAGGACGAUACCAACUUCUCAAAGAGGUUUGGAGCCCCUAAGAACGUACACUGUAUUUAGUAACCCAAAGCUAACAAGAGUCGACUUACAGCUGCCAAGUUCAUUUUUGGUCAAGAUCGGUAGAGCAACAUGUUAAUUGCAAAAGGGAACUGUUGAUCUCUCUAAUCUAACUUGACAAAAGUGCAAAUUGAGAGAUUCAUUUUGCUAGUGACCAACAAGUUA